GGCGGCGGCGGCGGCGGAGGCCGAGGCGCCGGCGUCGUCGUCGUCGUCCCCUGCGAGACGUCUGACGCUUCACAACACGAUGACGCGGAAGAAGGAGCCGUUCGCGCCGAACGACCCGGACGACAAAAAAGUCAGCAUGUACGUCUGCGGCGUGACCGUGUACGACUACUCGCACAUCGGCCACGCGCGCGUCUACGUCGCGUUCGACGUGUUAUACCGCACUCUGACGCGGCUCGGGUACGACGUGACGUACGUCCGUAAUUUCACCGACGUGGACGAUAAGAUCAUCAAGCGCGCGAACGAGAACGGCGAGGAAUGCGACGCGCUCGUGGAGCGGUUCAUCGCCGCGUUCCACGAGGACAUGAGCUCGUUGGGGUGCCUGCCGCCGACGAUGGAACCGAGGGCGACGCGGCACGUGGACGACAUCCUGCGGGUUACGGAGGCUCUCGUCGAGAAGGGACACGCGUACCCCGCGGAGGGAGGGGACGUGUACUUCAGCGUGGACUCGCUUCCAACGUACGGUAAGCUGAGCGGGAGAAAGCUGGAGGAUAAUCGCGCGGGCGAGCGCGUCGCGAUCGACGAGAGGAAGAAGAACCCCGCGGAUUUCGCGCUGUGGAAGGCGUCCAAGCCAGGCGAGCCGUCGUGGGCGAGUCCGUGGGGAGAGGGGCGUCCCGGGUGGCACAUCGAGUGCAGCGCGAUGAUCGACGCGACGUUCGGGGGGAAGUCGAUCGACAUUCACGGCGGCGGGCAGGAUCUGGUGUUCCCGCACCACGAGAACGAGCUCGCGCAGUCGACCGCGUUUUGCGGCUGCUGCGACGACGCGAAGGACGCGAAGGACGCGCCGCCGUUCGUGAAAUACUGGGUCCACAACGGGUUCGUGAAAGUCGACUCGGAGAAGAUGUCCAAGUCCUUGGGGAACUUCUUCACGAUCCGCGAGGUCACGGCGAAGUACGACGCGACCGCGCUGCGGUGGAUGCUGCUCGGGACGCACUACAGAGCGGCGAUCAACUACACGCAACGCGCGCUCGAGGAAGCGUCGGAUCGGCUGUAUUACUUGUACCAGACCUUGUCCGAAGCGUCGGACGAAACGGAAACGGCCGUCGGUGCGGCGUUAUCGGAUGACUUGAACACCCCCCUCGCGAUCGCGUCGCUGUCGUCGCCGCUCAAGCUUCUGAACGACUUCGUCUCCACGAAGAAGGGGAAGAAAGCCCAGGGUAGGAUCGCCGCGAUGAAAGCGCUCGUCCGCGCCGUGACGGAGACGUUAGACGCGGUCGGUUUGCCGAGCGCGAAGGCGGACGCGGUCGACGUGCUCGAGCGGUUGCGCGCGUUGACGCUGACGCGCGCGGGGCUGAGUCGGGAGGACGUCGACGCCGCGGUGGCGGCGCGAAAGGCGGCGAGGGAGGCGAAGGACUUCGCGGAGAGCGAUCGCAUCCGGGACGAGCUCGGGGCGAAGGGCGUGGCGCUCAUGGACGGCGGGAGCCAGGUGUGGCGGCCGUCGCCCGUCGUCGCGGAGGAGUAGAGGCACGCGACGAGCGUCGAGUCGAGUGUCGUCGGUUUGAUGUCAUGCGAGCACAGUAGUU